ACCAACCGUCCCACAAUGCAAAGGCCCCCGGUGACGCCAUUAGACGAGCGCCAGCAGAGCUGCGAGCGGGCAGCGUCGUGGGCCCCGCCGCCUCCCACCCUGCCGCCUCCGUCGCCGCCGCCUCCGUGGGGCCCUCCGUGUCUGCGCAGCGCGGCCCGCGGCUCCCGGAGGAGCAACCGAGCGCGGGGCCCGGCGCGGGCGCGGGGCGCGGCCAUGGCGGACGGUGCGGGAGCAGGCGCGGCGGGCCAGGCCUCGGGACCGGCUGCGGGCUCUAGUGGUGCAGGGGGCCCUGUCAACCCCGCUUCGCUGCCUCCGGGAGACCCGCAACUCAUCGCUCUCAUAGUGGAGCAGCUCAAGAGUCGCGGCCUGUUCGACAGCUUCCGCCGGGACUGCCUGGCCGACGUGGACACCAAGCCAGCUUACCAGAACCUGAGGCAGAAAGUGGAUAAUUUUGUGUCAACACAUCUGGACAAACAGGAAUGGAAUCCCGCAAUGAACAAGAACCAGUUACGGAAUGGGCUGAGGCAGAGCGUGGUUCAGUCAGGCAUGCUGGAAGCAGGAGUGGACAGGAUCAUCUCUCAGGUGGUGGACCCCAAACUAAACCACAUCUUCAGGCCACAGAUAGAGCGAGCAAUUCAUGAGUUCCUGGCAGCCCAGAAAAAAGAAGCUCUGCCAGCCCCACCUCCAGAGCCUGAAAGCCAGGAUCCGCCAGCGCCAUCCCAAGACGCUUCCUAAGAAUAUGCCUGAUACCUUUGGAAAACUCCAUUUAAUGAAGAAAUGAAAUGGAUUCCUGUUUCAUAUGAAUAUAACUUUAUUCAACUACGUCACUACUGAUGUCAAGAUUUUGGCCUUGACUAGGGUGGUGUCCAUAUUGGAUGGAGAGCAAGUUUGGUGGUGGGACAGUUGUCCAUACUUGCUCAUGCAUUGUGCCAUCUCUGACCAGCUUGUCCAAGGGUCUGACCAUAGUAGACACUACAGAGGUUUAAGCACUACAUGACUUGGGCUGUCCUGAACAAACCUUUAUACUUGAACACGGACACUGCAUGUCGAUGUUAACGCUUGUGCUCUGCAGUAGGUAGAAGCCAGGCUGGGGCUCGCCGGUCAGGACAGCAAAGGUCAGUGGGAGCGGCUGUUUGAUGGUGGGUUUGAUAUUGUUGCUAGAGUUACAGGCUGGAGUGUGCAGCAGUAACGACAGUGCCCUAAGGUUAUUGUGACCUUCCUGUGCUUGGGGAUUUUAGUGGUUUCCUUCCUCUUGUCAGAGGUAGUUGGAGCCCUGGAGUGAGUGAGGAAGCUGAGACUUGGGGUGCAAGGAAAGCCCCACCGCCUCUGUCCUGGCGUCUCCCUAGCCGUAGGGGCGAGUCACUGUGGAUGUGGUGCUCAGUUCUCAUGUUUGUGUUUUUAGAAGAACAACUGUUAAUAAAUAGUGGAUGUUUUACAAUAAAGUCAUUUGAUGAUGUUUUCCUAAA